UACAACUGAAAAAAGAAAGAGAAUUCUUCGUCAUGAUUAAUUUCACAUUUUGUUUUACUUUUAAAGGGGAGACUCGAAAGAAAUAUGAUGGCCCAGCCUUCACAGAAGAAACGACGAGAACGCGUGCCAAAGGCCAAGCCCAAACCUGGGUUAGGCUCUGACCUCCCUCGGAGGAUGACCAGCUGUAUAUUCCCGAGGCCUGUUACUAGAGUCACAUCCCAUCCAGGCAAUGAGGUCAGGCGCAGACCUUGGGAGGAGAAGCUGGAGAAGCCCCAGCAAGUGUGUGCAUACAGGAGGCUGCAGGGGCUCCAGGCAUGCAACAGUGUAGGGGAAAUCUUAAAUACUUUGGAUUUUGAAAAUGUAUUAAAAACAAUUGCACCGGGUGAUCCAGUGGAGUCCCUGGGCUGUGCUGGGGCUGAGGGUCCACGCACCUGCCCUGAGCCCACCCCUGUCCAGUCUUCGAAUAUGGCAGAGAUCAUCCCAGGGGUGGGUCUUCGUCUCUCACCUCCCCUCCACGAACAACAGGUAACUUACGCAGAUAUUAGGAGACAGACUCGGAAAGUGAAGAAAGCAAGAAAGAGACUGGCUAUGGCCUUGAGGGCAGACAGGCUGGUCAGGGAAGCAGAGAAAGCCAGGAGACAAGAAGGACGUCCUGAAAGCUAGAUGACAAUAGAAUGGAGUGCUGAAGAAGCCGACUGCUGUGGCCCUUGAGAAGUCCUCGCCAAGAAACAGCCCUGAGGUUUACUGGCAUCUGUCUUCAGUAUCGACCCUGUUUCCUUGUUCUGAACUAUGAUAGUUUGUGUUCUGCCCAAACCGUUCUUUAUUAAACCCUUUUGAGAAACACAUAGUGUGCAGAGUAGCUUGUUCUUUGGGGUAGAGAUGGAGUAUCAUGUGAUGAUGAAGGAGAUCGUAUUUUUUAAUUGUGCUCAAUAUCUAUAGCCAUGAUCUCUAUUCGAUUUUAGGAGUCUCUGGAUGGCACGAAGUGUUAAGCAUUGGGCUACUAACUGAAAGGUUGGCCAUUUGAGUCCACCCAGAGGUCCCUCUGAAGAAAGGCCUGGUGAUCCAGCUCCAAAAAAGCAGCCCUUGAAAAUCCCAUGGAGCACAGUUCUUUUCUGACACACAUGGGGUCGCCAUGAGUUGGAAUGGACUUGACAGCAACUUUUUUUUUUUAAUUCAUUUUUGUAUUGAAAUCCACAGGGGUAAUCUAGACUGAUUAUCUACUGUUUUGUACUUAUAAUUUUGUCUGGUACUUACACUCAAGGAAUAGCUGA